AUGGAGUACGAGGGGGCGCCGGGUGCGCACAAGAAGAAGCGCGCAUACGCUGCGCAGGCGUAUGACUUUGGAGCUGGUGCCAACACUGUCCAGCAGCAGCAGCCACCUCCUCUGAUUCCUGUAGCGCCAGCGAUGAUGCAGCCACAGGAGCAGUUGACGGCUCAAUUCGGACAGAUGAGCUUUGGGGGCCAGCCUCAGCAGCCCCAGCAACCUAUGCCUCAGAUGCAGAUGCCUCCGCAACAGAUGCAACAGCCGCCCCAGCAUUCCGCGGUGAACCAGCUUUACCCUACGGACAUCAUAUCGCAGCCGGUGCAACCGUUCGAGAUCGAUGGGCCCCCGCCGCCAAUAAACCUUCCUCCAAAUACGAGCGUAACCCCUUCUCCGUACGCGAACUGCGAUCCUAAGUACGUGCGGUCAACGCUGAACUGCGUACCAACAACACAUUCUCUCCUAAAGAAAUCCCGGCUGCCUUUUGCGCUAGUCAUACAGCCAUACACCUCACUCCACGACGCAGAGGAUCCGGUGCCUGUUGUCCCGGACCAGGUCAUUAGCAGGUGUAGACGUUGUCGGUCAUAUAUAAACCCUUUUGCCACAUUUUUGGACCAUGGACACCGUUGGAGAUGCAAUAUGUGUAACCUGACCAACGAUGUGCCUCAGGCGUUCGACUGGGACGCGACAACGCAGAAGAGCGUAGACAGAUGGCAGCGGCCAGAGUUGAACUACUCGGUUGUUGAGUUUGUCGCUCCUCAAGAAUACAUGGUCCGGCCUCCGCAGCCUUUAGUGUAUCUCUUCGUAUUCGAUGUCAGUUACGCCGCGGUAAUCAAUGGCCUACUGGCGACAAGUGCUCGUUGCAUCAUGGAAAGCUUAGACCGGAUACCGAAUGCGGAUAGACGGACAAGGCUUGGCUUUAUGGCGGUUGACUCCUCUCUAUACUACUUCUCCAUACCCCGGGACAACAGCGAAGGCAAUGACCCGAGCAUGCUAGUUGUCAGCGACCUGGAUGAGCCUUUCCUACCUACACCGGAGGAUCUUCUCGUCAACCUGUCCGAAGCGCGAGCAAAUAUCGAGAAUUUCCUGGAGAAGCUGCAAUCGAUGUUCCAAGAUACGCAAAACGGCGGGUCUGCUAUGGGUUCCGCUCUCCGAGCAGGUCACAAGUUGAUUUCUCCCGUUGGUGGCAAGAUUACAGUCCUGAGCGCCAGUCUCCCCAACUUAGGACACGGCAAGUUGGAGAUGAGAGAGGACAAGAAGCUGCUUGGUACAAGCAAAGAAGGUAGCCUCUUGCAGACCGGCAACGCUUUUUACAAGAGUUUUGCAGUGGAAUGCAGCAAAAACCAAGUAUCGAUCGACAUGUUCCUCUUCUCAUCGCAAUACCAGGAUGUAGCCAGCCUCAGCAACUUGCCACGGUAUACCGGUGGCCAGACAUACUUCUACCCGGGCUGGAAUGCAGCAAGAGCAGAGGACGCCAUCAAGUUUGCAAGGGAAUUUAGCGACUAUCUGUCUGCCGAGAUCGGGCUGGAGGCAGUACUGCGAGUUAGGGCUACUACAGGGCUAAGGAUGUCAGCCUUCUUCGGGAACUUCUUCAACCGCAGCAGUGACCUUUGCGCAUUUCCCGCCUUCCCUCGCGACCAGGCCUACGUUGUGGAGGUUGCGAUAGAUGAGACGAUCACAAAGCCCUUUUGCUGCUUACAGACUGCCGUACUACACACUACCUGCAACGGCGAGAGGCGGAUAAGAGUACUGACACUGGCUCUCCCUACAACCGAGAAUCUCGCAAAUGUCUACGCAUCGGCAGAUCAACAGGCCAUAACAGUCUACUUCAGUCACAAGGCCGUAGAGAGGGCUCUAGGCAGCGGACUUGACGCGGCCCGAGACGCAUUACAAGCGAAACUGACUGAGAUCCUUCAGACGUAUAAGAAAGAGCUUGGGGGAGGGAACAUGGGUGGUGGGGGGCUACAAUUGCCGUCGAAUCUCAGGGCGCUACCUGUGUUAUUCCUCGGCCUGAUGAAGAACAUCGGACUCCGCAAAAGCUCUCAGAUCCCAUCGGACCUGCGAGCGGCAGCCCUCGCUCUCCUCUCGACGCUACCUCUACCUCUGAUGAUCCAGUACAUGUAUCCCAAAUUCCACUCACUCCACGACAUGCCCGACAACGCCGGCGUGCCGGAUCCCCAGACGGGCGAGAUCAUGCUACCGCCAGCCAUGAACCUGUCCUCGGAGCGUAUCGUGCCCCACGGACUGUACCUGAUCGACGACGGCGUGAACCAGUUCCUGUGGGUGGGUCGGGACGCCGUGCCAGCGUUGCUGCUGGACGUCUUCGGCGUCGAGGACAAGAACCUGCUCAAGCAGGGCAAGACGCAGCCGCCGGUCGUCGAGAGCGACUUCAACGAGCGGAUCCGGGCGGUGAUUGAGAAGUCCCGGGAUCAUCGCGCCAAGGGCGUGGGCAGCAUCGCCGCGCCGUCCCUGUACGUGAUCCGCGAGGAUGGCGAGCCCAGCCUGAAGUUGUGGGCGCAGACGCUGCUGGUUGAGGACCGCGCGGAUCAGGGCGUCAGCUUGCACCAGUGGUUGGGCUUGUUGAGGGAGAAGGUGAGUCCAGAGCCUCCUCCGCUCAUACUGUCGACCUGGCCGGACUGA